AUGUUCUUAAUACAAAUUUCUAUCUAUCCAUUCUUCAACCCUCUUUCCUUGAAUUUUUCCCGCCCAUUUCUUUUUCCCCCUCCAUGGCAGGUGAGUGACUUGCUCUGUUAUUGGCCUUCUUUUUUUUUUUCGUUAGCUUUUUUUUUUUUUCUUGUCCUUUUUCUCAUUUCUUUCUCUCGUUUUUUUUUUUUUGUUCUCUCGUUUUUUUUUUGUUUUCUUUUGUUUCUCUCUCUCUUUUUUUUCUCUCUCUCUCUUUGUUUCUCUCUCUCUCUCUUUGUUUCUCUCUCUCUUUUUUGUUUCUCUCUCUCUCUUUUGUUUCUCUCUCUCUCUUUUCUUUCUCUCUCUCUCUUCGUUUCUCUCUCUCUUCGUUUCUCUCUCUCUUUGUUUCUCUCUCUCUCUUUUUGUUUCUCUCUCUCUCUUUGUUUCUCUCUCUCUCUUUUGUUUCUCUCUCUCUCUUUUGUUUCUCUCUCUCUCUUUGUUUCUCUCUCUUUGUUCUCUCUUUUUUUCUCUCUCUUUGUUUCUCUCUCUGUUUCUCUCUCUCUCUUUGUUUCUCUCUCUCUCUUUGUUUCUCUCUCUCUCUCUUUGUUUCUCUCUCUCUCUUUGUUUCUCUCUCUCUCUCUUUGUUUCUCUCUCUCUUUGUUUCUCUCUCUCUCUUCGUUUCUCUCUCUCUCUGUUUCUCUCUCUCUUGUUUCUCUCUCUCUCUUUGUUUCUCUCUCUCUUUUUGUUUCUCUCUCUCUUUUUGUUUCUCUCUCUCUUUUUGUUUCUCUCUCUCUUUUUGUUUCUCUCUCUCUUUUUGUUUCUCUCUCUCUUUUUGUUUCUCUCUCUCUUUUUGUUUCUCUCUCUCUUUUUGUUUCUCUCUCUCUUUUUGUUUCUCUCCAGAAUUUUUUCAUUGAUUUCAACUUUCGCGCAUUUCGUCUUUCGUUAGAACAACAUCUUUCAUUUCUUUUUCCUUCCUCUCUCUCUCUCUCUCUCUCUCUCUCUCUCUCUCCCCUCUCUCUCCCCCCUCUCUCCCCCUCUCUCCCCCCCCCCUCCCCCCUCUCUCCCCCCUCUCCCCCUCUCUCCCCCUCUCUCCCCCUCUCUCCCCCCUCUCUCCCCCUCUCUCUCUCCCCUCUCUCUCCCCCCUCUCUCCCCCCCCUCUCUCUCCCCCCCUCUCCCCUCCCUCCCGCCCUCUCUUCACACAGGCACGCACACUGUCUCUUCUCUCUACUCUAUCUCAUCUCUCCAACCACACAUUGUUUCUAA